UAUGAGAAGGAAAAACUUGCAUAUCAGCUUUUUUGCCUCGGCUUUAAUCAACGGACCUUUACUCAUUCUCAAUCUCAAUGCAAACAUCUUCUUUGUUUUUUGUUUGAUGACUCGCAAAACCCAACAGAUGAAGCAGCCUUUAACGAUACUGCUGGGAUCAAUGGUUUCCUUGACAAUACUUUAUGUAUUAUCCGUGACUUUGAGGACUUGUGUGUCAACGUGGGUCAAAUCCGAUGUAGCUGAUGAAAUAUCUGAUACAAUUGUGAAUUUCCUGGUGCGUGGGAACAUAACCUCUUAUGUUUGGCUGAUGUUUUACUACCACUUCAUGAUCGUCCCGUUCCAACGAGCCCUCUUUCUUUGGGUAAAGAAUAACCUCAGAUCUGUUAUCUGCGUUGCGUUGCUCUUUGACAGAUUGAUGUUUCUAGGUGAUGCCUUGUUCGACAUUGCUUCUAUUAUUGAUGAUUCCAGAGUUUCCAAUCAAACACACUCUCUUUUUAAUACGAUUGGCAUUUCUUUAUUUUCCAUUGUAAAUAUAUACAUAUUUUCAUGCCUGUUCAUUAUGAUAUUUUCCUGCUUCGCCACGGCCCACUACCUGAACAAACACAGGAAAAGCCUUUCAGCGGGCGACGGAUCCCUCUCCAACCCACGGCUUCACAGUCCGAUCAGAGUCACCGUCACAGGCAUCCUUCAAGGGGUGCUCUGCUUCCUCUGUGUCAUGUUCAAUCUUGUGGCUGUGAUGUCCUUUUAUUUAUCACCAUACUUCUACUUUGGUCCUCUAAUCACCUUCACGCUCAACAACAUAUACAUUUCGGGAUCCACUGUCAACCUUUGGGUUGGCCAGACUCUCUUCAGGGAAAGGGCAGAACAUGUCUGGAAGGCUGUCAAAAAAAGGCUUUGCAAUGGAAAGUCAUCAAAGGAUCUAAGACCUCCUGGAAAUCAGUUGAUAAUGACAUCGCUUUCUAUCAUAGGAAGGUCUGGUGUUGACACUGCCAUAUCACUGUGAUUAUAUAAUGGUUAAUACUAGAAAGGUCAAAAAAUAAAACAUUUAGGUUUUUAUGGUUUGUAGCAGAUUGAAGAUAUUGAGGAGUAUGCUAUUAUUUAAGUCCACAUGGCUACUGAAGUGAAAAUAUAUUCCAGAAGACUUUAGAUAGGGAGAUUAUCUGUUGUGUUUUGUUUUUAACUGAAACUGAA